GACUGAAGCUCUACUUCCUGUGUGGUCUACACGAGCAGACGCGAAAGAACGCUGUGUUCAAACACAGAGCAGCAGCGCGAUGCUCGGAACAUGACGGCGCUACGCUGCUUCAGCGUCUGUUCUCUGCUUCUGCUGAACGCGUCCGCGGGAUUUGGAGAUCUGAGGCGUCCUGAGAAUGUCAGCAUGGACUCGCUCAACACCCGUUAUGUGCUGCGGUGGGACUGGCCUCACGAGACCGCCGCCAACCAGACCGUCACCUUCACUGCGCAGUAUAUACAGGAGUUUCGGACACAGAAGAAGAAUUAUGAGAAGUACUGGAAAUCAGUGUGUGUCAAUGUUUUGGAGCAUCACUGUGAUUUGACUGGAGCUGCUCUGCAUUACCUAGGCAUAUAUCUGCUGCGUGUGCAGGCCAACACGUCACAGCAGACCUCCGGCUGGGUCCAGAUCAGAUUCUGUCCUGAUAAACAUGCUGCUUUAGGUCCUCCCUCCAGCGUGACGCUAAACUCGGUUGAAGGAGAUCUAGAGAUCAUCAUCACCGACCCUCUGAGCAGCACUAACCAGUCCAUGAAAACUUUGCUGGACAACAGGUUUAGCUACCACAUCCAGUACUGGAGGCGCUCUGAAGAGCCUCAGACGGCUAAAGUCCUGGAGACGAAGAAUAAUGUGGUGACGCUGACUGAGCUGGACAGACAGACGUGGUACUGUGUGAGAGUUCAGAGCCGUGAUGACUUCAGUGAGAAGAGCAGUGUCUUCAGCGACACACACUGCACACGCACUGAAGGUCAGAUGCCGUACUGGCAGAUAUUCCUGUACUUCCUGAUUUCUCUGCUGCUGCUGCUGUACUUCUGCUUUAAGAAGAUGUUUCCGCUCCUCAAGAACACCUUCUGCCCAGCCAUUCAGCUCCCGGAUCACAUUCAGGAGGUCAAAGGAUGGAAAUGCACCAAAAUCAAAUGGCACCAACUGAAUCAUUCUACCGCAGCUGCUGAAGUAAAACUUUAAAUUUUCCUUUGAAAUGUUUAAGCUGCUGCAUAAACUUCCCAAAAAUCAAUUUUUAAAUGCCUUUUUCCAACAAACCUGAUUAAAUAUAUCAUACAAUAGAAAAUAUUUAUAUUUCUUAUCCAACCAUAAUUGGACAAUUUCUUCACAUUUAUAACAUUUAGUUUUUGUGCACUGAUCAGUACUAUAUUGUCACUUUUACCUUGUUAUUGCACUGUUUUCUUUGAGAAUUAAAAGUGCUGACACGUG